AUGAAUAGCGCAAAGAACCAAAUGGUCCCUGUGAUGCUCGAGAUGCAGACGGCUCAGAUGACCCCAGUGAACGGCACAACCAACAACGCGCAGCUGCGCGUAGGGAAGGCAGACAUUAACAACAUCUACUUGGACAUUCUGAAUAUCCAUGACUCGAUUGUGAAUCAUUUAGAGACAAUAGUUAUUCACGUUUAUAACAUGGUGGAGAAGUCGCUACGCUGCUCAAGUAGGGAAGACUGCUGUAGAGAAUUACACACGGGAGGAGACCCCCUCCUUAGUGGCUCUAGCGAUGGCUGUAUUAAUGUCACCAAUGAUGAACAGAGUGAGUCAGCUGGAGGCGGUGUUGUUUCUUCCUCAAAUGGAACCAUGCAUACCGAAGGAAAACAACCUUGUACACAUGUCGACAGAAACUCACACGUAAAAAUAGAACCUGCGGAAGGGAAUAGCAGUGGUCGUUCCGAGCAUGCCAAUGUAGGGCACGGAAGGAUGCCAAAUAAUGAGAUGGACAGAUUAGUGAACAGUUCGGAAAAGGGCAUGACGAAUCGAACCCAGGAGGAAAGAACCAACAACUCGGUAAAUAAAUAUAUGCAUGGAGAAUACCACGAAAGGGAAGAAAAUAUCCCAUCGAUUAACACUGGAAAGGAGUUGAAGUGCUCCAAUGAGCUAGCUAAAAUGAAAUCCAAUUACGAUGAGCCAGUAGAGGUGGUCAUUAACAAAAUGGAGCCCGAGGCAACCAAAUGUGAAAAGUUCUAUGGGGAGAAUACCCACAAGGGUGACAACCCAGACGUAGAGGAAGUGAUAAAGGAAAAUAAACUAAACCUGAGGAAGAACAUUAUCCUGUUGGAACUUCUAAAGUACGUCAUGGUGCACUCAAAUAAUUCACAAGGUCAUUUCUAUAGAGACAAAAUAGUAAACCCACAAAUGGGAGGUAAUAAUGACAUGCACAAGUUAAGAGGAAAUUUUGAUUUUUUAAAAAUGAACUUAAACUCAGAUGAGAGCAUCUGCUGUGAUCAGAACUUUUGCAAUGUGAACUUUUCCAGCGUUAAUAUUAAGUACCUUAAUAUUAUAAGCUACUACAUGGAUUUUCUUUCCCCCUUUAAUAAGUUUCACAAGGAGAAGCCGAUGGGGGAGAAGAAGUUGGCGCAAAGAUGCGUCGAUGGAGACGUAGAUGGACGUGUUGAUGGAGACGCAGAUGGACAGCUUGAGGAACGCGCACAGCUCACACUUGUGAGGAAGAAACUGGACGAUAUUGCACUCAAUUAUGACGACCUCGUCGAGGACAUCCUAAAAAACAACAACGUGAACGGUUUUACUGAAAGCUACCUGUACGCUUUGAAGGACAGAAUUCUGCAGGGGGAAUUUCCCCUCCCGGGAGCAACUGGCAUGCAUGGGGGAGAUGCGGAAAGGCCCAGCAGGAUUCUCCUGAGUGGUCUUAAGAGGCAACCAGGGGGGCUUGUAACCCAUGGGAUGAGUCGACCAAAUGGUGAUGUGCACAGUGGAAGUUACGUCGGGGGUACUUCCAUUGGGAGUGGUACCGUUUUGGCCAGACACGUCCCAUACAGCCAUUUCGCACAUGCCAUUGAAAGAGUUAGUGAGCGUCCGAACGGGGACUUCCUGCGUAGUGUGAACCCGUUUCCUGGCGGCAACGCGCAGGAGGGGGAAGUCCCAAAUUGGGGUCCUGCCAAUGGGACAAUGACAAGUAUUGCGAGCGUAGCCCAUACACCCCGUGGGAACAACCCAUUCGGCAAAAAAGCCGUGCAUCACAACAGCUUCGUCCCCAAGGGGUAUACCUUCACGAACGGAAGAGGGCCCUUCCACAAAGGCAGGAAGAAAAACGGUGAUGAGGGGCGAAAUGGUGAGGAGAGCCUAAAUGCUUACGAUAACAUAAUGUGCGAAAGUACACAGAGUUACCAUCAUCUCUACAACAACAACGAUAUCGGAGGUACUUUUAAUCACGUCAGCUCCACAGAUAUGAAUUACGCGCACGCAAUAGGAGGUCCUCCAGCGGCGGGGAUAAAACAUUUGGUGAAACAAAUUUCGAAGGAACACGCGAAGAAUUCAAAGAAUCCAAUUCGUGAUGACACUGUGAUGAAUUAUGAUCACUACUCUGCAACGACAAUGUACGGACAGGAAAGUAAUCUCAUUCUGGAAGACAAGUACAACCAAAAUGGGAACGAUCAUUAUGAGCAAUAUUACAAGGGGGGGUAUGCAGGCGGGAGAGAAGGCUUAACUAGUUAUCCAGGCAAUUUUAAGAAUGGCAUAAAAAUGGAAAGCAAAAAAGAACAUUUCUUGGAGAGAUCGGAAAUUGUCACGUACACAGGUCACAACUAUUCGAAUGAUACGAACAAUGGAAAUGCGUGGGGGAACCACCAUGUUGGUACGCUUCAUGCGCAGGGAAGGGAUCAUUACGAUGCGAAUGACCCGCGUAGAUUGCCACCAAGAAGAAUCAUCCCAAAUGAAGGAGAGAGUCAAGAUGGCGGUUUUGCCCCUCCUUCUGAGAGGAAUAUAAAAAAUGGAACAAAACUGAAAUGCGUCGACGGGGUGGAAGCGUGGCAGAGAGAUGCAGAGGGAAGGGAACACCUCGGCGAAGCGAAAAAUGGUGAAAAGGAGGAGGACAAUGUGCACAAUUUGGAGAAUUCGAAUAAUACACAUCAUUCGCAUCAUUCAAAUCACUCGCACCCUUCGCAUGCUCAGAGCGGAAACAGGGAGGCCCGUCGUCACCACGGUGGAGAUUCCAGAAGGGACGCAGAAAAGACGCACUCCACAGUCAGGAGCAAUAAAUAUGAUAGUAGUUACAACACAAACGACAAGCACUUCUUCAGUGCUACCCCUAGCUUUAAUCGCGGGGCAAAUUGGGACCGUAUCCCAAGCCCAAAUGAUGAUGGUGCAUACGCACACGGCCUUAAUACCAAGAGUGGUAAUCAUCACAGUGGAGGCGCAUUAAAAAGGACGAUGUUUGAUGGGCGAUUCAACAUGCAUAUGAAAGGAGCAGAGCAGAUGGACAAUGCUUUCCUAAACAGAGGGGACAAGGACUCCUCGAUGGGGAAAAUGCCAACAAGUUCUCUCGUCGAGUUACACCACAAAAAUGGUGAAGAUAUUCUGGGUACACAAUUUUAUCAUUAUCUGUCGAGGAGCAACAGCCUCAAUAGUUACAAUAGGCCGAGUCGCUUUUCCUUUUACGUGCACAGCCUUCGGGAUGGCUUGCCCACCUGGGACGCGCAAAACCAUAGUAGCUGCAGCAACGGAGGCACAAAUUAUGCGAGCGCUAAAAAUAGCCAAAGCAAUGAUGAGAGUAACGGAAGACACAAUAACGACACGGAUGGAAGGGGUAGCAAUAACAGCGGGGGGUACAGCCAGAGUGGCGGCGCUGGAAACAACGGAAUCAGUCGAAGCAAUGACAGCGGAAGUAACGAUAACGAUGGUGAUGACGACAAAAAUGGGGAGCAUCGAAAUAGAGGGAAAAAGGAUUAUUAUGAUGAGAAGGAAGACGAGGAAGACGAAAAUGAAAAUCAAAAUGACGGACGUGGGAAGGAUCAAUGUGCCGACCAUGCCAAUAAAGACAUUUUGCAAGAUGGUGGAGAAAAACGAACAAGCAAUCAGUUUAAUAUGAACCCGGAUGUGUGCGAAGGUGCUCAACAUAAUGAAGCCAAUCAGAGUAAUUCUCAAAAUCUUGUUGAUGAUCCUAAUGCACAUUCGCGGAGGAACGAACGGAUGGAAUCCUUUCUGGAGAAUCACCAAAUGAUGGAGUCAAGCAUAAACGAAGCGAAGUACGAGGGGCAUGGGAACAGUUCGGGGGGCCCCAAUCGGGCCGGCGUGUCGCAGCGUAUAGGCGUAGCUGGCGGUGCGAUCAAUGUGGACACGGUGAGCAGCCAGCCGAACAGGUCAAACAGGGCGAAUCGGACUAGUCAGCAUAGGAAACCGAGCCAGCCAAACCAGCCGAACCAGCCGAGCCUCCUUGACAGUCCCCUCUUGGCCAACUCGUGCAACUUCAUCCCCUUUGGCGGCCAAGUCAGCUUCCCCCACCCAGCCAACUACGGCCACUAUGGGGGGUUCGACAACUUUGGAAACUACGGUGGUUACAGCAACAUUGGCGAUCGCAAUUAUGGGGGUUACUCCAACUGUGGCAACUUCUUCAGCUCGUACAGUAACGGCAGGGACGACAGAGAAGUAGCGAGAAGUGCCCUAACGCAUAGCAUCGCAGAGACGUCAGAGGGGAGAAGUAGAGUCUUGCCGCGAGACGAAGUGAGGAUUAGAACCGGUGCAGGUUCUCCUAUGGGUACAAAUAACCAGGUGAAGUUUCAUAACCAAGAAAAUAACUGGAUGAGCAACGGGAUGAACAGCCGGGCGAACAACCCGAUAAACAACCCGAUGAGCAACGAAAUGUACGCCCCGCACACAGACGCAGACAAAAACGGAGGGGAAAGGAACAGACCGAAUUGUAAACCCAGCAUGGUAAACAUGGCUGAGAAAAAUGAAAGUAUGGAACAUGAUUUGAUUAAUUUCACGAACAGUGCAUACGUGGAUAUACACAAAAUAAUACAAAAUGACGAUUUGUUGAAAAAUGAGUUGUCCGGAUUGGAAGAGUCUCUCCAGGUAGCCAACGCAGCGACAAAAGGUAGUAAAAAGAAUGCAUCGAAAUAUAACUCCAACGAAUUAGAAAUUUUAAUGAUGUAUGAUAGCUGUAAAAAUAUGCUUAAGUCGUGCAGCAUGUUACGGAGUGAAGAAUUAAAAAAUGCAGAUGGGGAUGAGUAUCUGGUGAAUGAAACGUGCAUCCCGCCCAACGUCUUAACAAACAAUGACAUGAUGAGCGAUAGUUUGAAUGCCGAUAUAGAGAAAAUCAUUGAUAUAAUGAGCACAAACAUGCAGGCAAAAGGCAAAGACAAGAAGCGGAAGCUGAGCUCCAUGAGCUCCCCCCCAAACGACCGCACCUUUCCCAACGGGGAGAAGAAGCCAGAAUAUAUGGGGGAAAAGUCCAACUCGAAAAAAAUGCCCAGAAACUCAGAAGAUAAAAGGAAGAAGUAUCAAAAGAUGGAUAUAAGGACACUAAACAAAAAUGUCCAGAAAAAUAAAGAGGUGUGCAAAAAUUGCUACAUCCAUUAUGACAAUAGUAAGUCCAGUUAUAUACUCACGUUCAUAAAUAGGAAGCAGAAAAAGCAAAGGAAGCUCUUCCCUGUCAAUCCAAACGAGAAGGACGAGGCCUACGUCAUUCAAAUUAUGAAUUAUAUUGAGAAGCUAAAGGACCAAGAGAAAAUUUUUGGAAUUAGUAAAAACGACGAGAUGGGGGGUGAGGAGGCUAAUGUGUACAGAAGCGAGGGAGGGAAAACAGAUGCAGACCGACGUAACUACGACAAAGACCAACCGGUGCAGGAAAAACACAUGGCCAGCGAACGAUACGCAGGAGGAAACGUGCCAAAGAAAAACGAAAUGUGCUCGAACAACCUAAACUUGUUAAACGAAAAAAUGAAUAACUUUCUCAGUGGCAUAAACGACCAGCUGUACAUGGAUCCCCAGAUGAAUUUCAUCCCAGAUCACCUGCCAUUUAUCCAGAACGUCGGAGCAAAUCCCAAUGUGAGUCACGUCAAUAUCUAUGACGAUGUGAAUGCCCCCUCCGGGGUUGAUUAUAUGAACUUUAAUUUAGUAAAUGAUGGGAACUCGUUUGAAAAUAUGCACCUGAUGAACCCAUGCACAAACAGCGUCCAGAAUGUGAACCCUUUUUUUAAGCUCCACUCCAAGAAGGGGGAUUUCUCCACGCGGAUGAAUGGCCAAUAUGUGGGGGAUAUCGUGGGGAACGCCAUGGAUAAUAUCGUGGGAGGAGAAGUCAACACAGGGGGACAGAAUGUCCAUGUCGGGGUGGCCACUGAUAUGAACAACAACAGUGCCAAUUGCAGUAACGUCGGUUCGGGAAUGAACAGCCUUGGCGGUCGGCGAGGGAAUAAGCUUGCCUGUAACCUCAGCGGGGGCAGCCACAACCGGAGCAGCAACAAGCGGAGCAGCCACAGUCGCAGCAGUCACAACCGCGGGAACCGCAACCCUAACAGCCAGAACCCCGGGAACCACUCAGGCAACACCCCCUUCGCACCGAACGUGUACGAAAACACCAUGAUGCAGCAGGUGAUGAAGAACGUCAUCUACCCAGGAGACAAUAACCAAGCGAUGAAUCACCAGAAGGGUCCAAGUAGUGGCAACCCUACCAACUCGAACGACCAAUUCAGCCCCAUGAAUAUGUUCACGAAUGCAAAUUUUUCCAACUACAACCAGAGUAACAUGCCUAAUAGUUGCGAAAACGAAAUGAUGCAUAACUACAAUUCAGUGAUGAAUGACUACGGAAGCAGCAUGCUCGUCGAAUCUAACUACGAUAGCAACCGUGCCACUGCGGGGGGGCAUACCAUGCAGCACGAGUGA